UCAUCCUCCUUAUUGCCUGAGAGGAUGCUGUGCAAUAGCACAGCUAAAUCCCUGCUCUCUGUGAGUGUCUAUCACAUUAUAGCAUUCACCAGUACAGUGCAAAUGGCAAACACCUCUUCUAUGUAACUGGGGGCAGCAUGUGUUAGUUGGAACUCUGAGGAUUAGAGAAAAGUCAUCUGAAAGAUAGGACUUGGUGAUGUCUCUGGCAUAUCCGGAUUCCCCUUGUGAUGCCAUUCCAUAUACAGCCUUCAGGUGCAGGUGCACACACAACCUGACUAGUGAUGUCACUUCCUUCCUGGUUCAGGUGGAAUGAGCCACAUUUGCGGCUUUCCCAAAGAAAUCCAACUGACAUGGUAGUGGAGACGCUUAUGAUGGAGCUUGGCUGGCAGAUGAGACAAGCAGAGAAGCAGCAGCGUGAAAAAGAAAACGAGUAUCGCAAAAUUAAAACAGGAGUGGACUACAGCUGGCUGGUUAGCUAUCCAAAGCACAACUAUGAUAUCAGCCCAGGAGAGCGGUUACAGCUAGAGGACACAUGCAGCAAGGUUCACCCAUCUUAUUGCGGACCUGUCAUCCUCAGGUUCAGGCAACUAGUUGCUGAAUAUGACCCAGAAGUCCAUGAGGUACCACGGAUCUUUCGGACAGUACUACAGGAAGCCGCUGAGAAGAUGAAAGAAGAGGAGGAGGCAAAGAAACUUGCAAAGCAGUGGAACACAAAGAGAACUAUGAGUUUAUCACUGACAACCUUCAAAUCUCGAGCCCGGAUCUAUCCUUUCAUGAGUGGCAUUAAGACUAUAUCUGAGGAUGUUGAACGAGAAGCUGAACCCACUCGUAGAGUAUGGAGCAUGCCAGAAUUUCGUACAACCAAAGAUGACUAACUUGAGCCCAAUGGCUAGGAAUAAUGGAAGAAUUUCAAGAAACCAAAUUCUGUUUUUUUGUACUUAAAAGGAAAUACAUUUUUUUAAAGGAUACAUUUUAAGAUAUGUUUGUUUUGUCUCACAUUUGAGUGCUAUUACCCUAUAUUCUGCUCCUUCUUGAAUUAAAAAAAAGCAGUGACGGUAUUUUAGCGGUUUAUGAAAACUGCUUCUUGUUAAGUAAUUAGCUGUUAGUCCCACACUGCUCAUCAAAAAUAAGACAGAUAAGAUAUAUUAACCUUGGAAUAGAUUUAGCCAUUUCCCAGACUUUUUUCCCUUAUAUUUCAUGUAACUAUUUUUGCUUUUCCAGCCAAAUUUUGUUACCUGUUAUUUCAUACAUUUGUAAAACAGGUUAGAAAAAAUAAUAGAUGAUAUUAAAGAGAUAUAAAAAAAA